AUGUCUAGUUGUGUAGAAGUUAAUGAAACAGAAAGAGAUGCAAUGAUUCAAUAUUAUCUGGAGUUAAUUGGUGAAGAAAUUCAAAUGUAUGACAAAAUACAUGUUUAUAUUUAUCAAAUUCUUUGUUUACUUGGUGUGCCAUUAAAUGUUUUAGUAAUAGUUGUACUUUUACGUCCACAAAUGAGAAAAAAUCCUUUUAAUUUAUACCUUAUUGUUAUUGCUAUAUGUGAUUUAAUAUUAAUGGCUAAUUAUUAUAUUUUUCAUUUUAUUGAACGUUGCCAUCCAUAUUACUAUACUUAUUUUUGGAUUAUUUAUACUAAAUUGUAUGCCAUUACAUCAGUUCUCCUUCAUUCAUUAUCAUUAUGGCUUACAGUAAUAAUGGCUAUUCAUAGAUAUAUUGUUGUCAAAAAUAGUAAUGGUGCACAAUCAAAUAUAAGUUGGAAUACAUAUAAAAUUACCCUCUUAGGAAUUGGAGCAGCUACUGGUAUUUCUUUAAUAGGUUCAACACCAAAUACAUUAAGAUAUGAAAUACAAGAUAACGGUUUAGUUGGAGCUGAACCACGUUGUCUUGUCAAAGGAGGAAAAUAUGCUCAUUAUUAUACAGAGACAUCACAAAUAGAAGCUUAUCAAUUUGUAAGACCAACUUUUUGGAAUUGUAAUUGGGAAAGAUUAACUUUUUGGAUUGCGGGUUUAUUAUUAAAAGUAAUUCCAUGUAUGCUAUUAACUAUUUUUAUGACAUUACUUGUAAGAAUACUUAUUAAAGCCAGAGAAAGAAGAAAUAGACUUUGUGGAUCAAGAACUGUCUUAUGUACAGCUAAAACACAAGCUGAAAGAACUACAGCAAUGUUAACUAUUAUUGUUGCUGUAUUUUUAGUUACAGAACUUCCACAAGGAAUUUUUGUUUUUUUACAAGGUGUUUAUGCAGCAACAGAAGUUAUACAUUUAUAUCUUGGUCAAUUUUUAGAUUUUCUUGCUUUAUUUAAUUCAUCUGUUAAUUUUAUUCUUUACACAACAAUGUCCUAUCAAUUUAGAUCACAAUUUAUUGAAACAUUUGCUACAUAUCUUCCAAAGACAUUUGAAAGAAUAAGUGGUAGUGAAUCAAUAAAUACAAAUGUUCUUUCAUCAAAAAUUUCUCGAGAUGGUACUAAAAAUAAUAAUGGAAACUUUAAUACCAGUAAAGUUCAUUUAUUAACAGCAACCACAACGUUUCAAAGAAAAGACCUUAAGGGAAAAAUUGAUGAAGUUUAA